GUGAGACCAACCAUAUCUUCUCCCCACCCCGCUCCUCGCACGCCCUCUCCCCCCAAAUCCUUCCCCUCCGCGCCGCCGCCGCCGCCGACGGGAGCACGUCCCCGAUCCAGAUCCAGGAGAUAUGCCUCGCUAUGAUGAUCGCUAUGGGAAUACACGCUUGUAUGUUGGAAGAUUGGCUCCCCGCACCCGUUCCCGCGACCUAGAAUAUCUUUUCAGCAAAUAUGGAAGAAUACGUGAAGUGGAGUUGAAGCGCGACUAUGCAUUCAUUGAAUUCAGCGACCCCCAUGAUGCUGAUGAUGCGCAGUACAACCUAGAUGGCAGGGAAGUUGAUGGAAGCCGCAUUAUUGUUGAAUUUGCCAAAGGGGUUCCUCGUGGUUCUGGUGGUUCACGUGAAUACAUGGGAAGAGGGCCUCCACCAGGAACAGGCCGCUGUUUUAACUGUGGAAUUGAUGGUCACUGGGCAAGAGACUGCAAGGCUGGUGACUGGAAGAACAAAUGCUACCGCUGUGGCGAAAGGGGCCAUAUAGAAAGAAAUUGCCAGAACAGCCCAAGGAAUCUCAGGCGUGAGAGAAGCUAUUCACGGUCUCCAUCCCCACGCCGUGGACGGGGCCGCAGCCGGAGCUACAGCAGAAGCCGUAGCUAUAGCCGAUCCAGGUCCCCAUCUGGAUCUCCCAGGGGUGGACGCCGCGAACGUGACGAGAGGAGAUCAAGGAGCCUGAGCUACAGCAGGAGUGCAAGCCCCAGGCGUUCUGUGUCACCAGCGAAGGAAAAGGAGCGCAGCCGCACUCCUGAUGGCAGUAGGAGCCCAAGGAGCCCCAGCCCAAGGGAUGAUGUGAGCCCACCACCAAAGGAUAAUGGUGCACACAACGGCUCAGACCGUGAAGACAGCCCUGGGGCCAGGGAGAACAGCAAGAGGAGUCGGAGCCCAUCUGACGGCUACCGUAGCCCUGCGGCCAAUGGGCGCAGCCCGAGCCCUAGAGAUGACCGUAGCCCAAGCCCCAAGGGCAACAAUGGUGAUGACGAGCGCCGUGGCUCACCAAGAGGAAGUCAGUCCCCUUGAACUGAAAAGCUCCCAACCAAUUUGGGGCGCAGUGUGCCGAUUCGGUUGUAACAGUUAUAUUUUCAGUUUGAGACAGCAAACAGUAUUUGCUCAUUUCUCAGACUUGCGCUUUUUACCCUAGAAAACUUGUGUAAGAAUUUGUUGCCCUCGGGCUAUGCCUGGUUUGUGAUAUGGUGAUAUUUGAUCUAUUUAGCCUGCCAAAUCUUAAUAUUGAACUACCAAGUAUCUUGAGUU